CCGCAGUAAUCCCAUAAUAACAAACGCCGCUUCUGACAGCAAACUCUUGAUAUUGAAGACAGCUAAACGGAGUGAUUUUGUCCGUUUGUUGACUCCUCGAGUCCUUCUUGUGGUCCCUUUGCGAUGGUUAAUCGUCACAAACGGUAGUCAGUGGCAUCUUUUCCUUGAUUUUGGUCCCCACCCACCCAUCAGCAGCUGUCUCAAAAAGGCUCGCCAUGCUGCGAGAGAGCUCCAAGGCGUGGAGCAACGGCUCCGAGGCCUACAGCAGCGACCCGGAGGAGGACGAAGAGGAAGAGGAGGACAUGGUGUUUGGGGACAAUGACCCGGAUGGCGUGGCGGACGAGAUGAUGGACCUGAGCGACCUCCCCACGUCGCUCUUUGCAUGUGGCGUCCACGAGGCUGCGUUUGACGAGCAAGUGGACCGGGAGAGAUUCGAGGCGUUGUUUCGAAUCUACGACGACCAGGCCACCUUCCAGAUGUUCAAAAGCUUCCGAAGAGUCCGAAUCAACUUCAACACACCGGAGGCCGCCGCCCGCGCCCGCAUUGAACUCCACGAGUCCGAGUUUAACGGCAGGAAGCUCAAACUCUACUUUGCCCAGGUCCAGAACGGCACCGAGGACAUCGACAAGUCGUACCUGGCGCCUCCCCAGCCCGUCAAACAGUUUCUGAUCUCGCCGCCCGCCUCGCCGCCCGUGGGCUGGAGUCAGAGUGAGGACGCCACGCCGGUCAUCAACUACGACCUGCUGUGUGCGGUCGCCAAGCUGGGACCAGGCGAGAAGUAUGAGCUCCACGCCGGCACAGAGUCCACUCCCAGCGUGGUGGUCCACGUGUGCGAGAGCGAGACGGAGGACGAGGAGGCGGGGCGGCCGAAGCAGGAAAUCGUGCAGACCAGACGCCCGGACGGUCCCCCGAAGGUCUUCAACUAGAGACGCGCCCCUCGACACACACACACAGUGGCCCACGCUCGUUUUGGCCACCUCUAUGACCUGCAACACAUCUCUCUUACUCUCUCUCUCUCUUUCUCUCUCUCUCUCUCUCUCUCUCUUGUCUUGCACUCACAGAGAGCGACGCCCCUCAUUUCAGCCUAAAAAAAACAACAAUCAUUGAUCCAGAUGAGGCGUUUUUUGCCGAAUGAGGUGGCUUGGAUGGGAAUGAUGAGAUUCUAACACACACACAUACACACACACACACACACACACACACGCAAACACACACACAUGGUCUUCACAUUCCUGUGGGCGGCGGGUGUUGGAGUGACUGUGCCCCCCCUUUACUGACCCGCCAAAGUCCUUGGUUUGCAGCAACAAGGGCGAGGGUCACCAACAGGGGGCGCCAUGGUGUUCACAUGUACGCUCGCUAGUGCUAGCUCGCUAACCGGUUAGCUCACACCUCAAUGCGAAUGGUGUUUUAUGCACAAUGUGUGUUUUUUUUUUUUUUUCACUCAUGUUCAUAUCAGGUCUUGUUUGCAUGUAUAUACAGUACACACACACACACACACACACACACUACUGCGUGAUACACUACUAACGGAAUAUACCCACACUGCACGGAGCGCCAUAUGUGACUAACAAGUUUCACUUUUCUCCUUUUUUUUUCCUUUUUUUGCUUAACUACUAGAUGUGUGUUCUUAUUGUGUAUUUGAUACACUUUUUGCAUGCUUAAUUCUGAGCUGAGGUUGUUUUUUUUGUUUUGUUUUUUUGUUUUGGGAAAUGCAUGAUGCUGACUCGUCAAAAAGCACAUUUACGGCUGAGGAGUUGUUUUCUUCCCGCUCCCCUAUAAUUUGAAUGUUACGACACCUCCAGUGCUGUAGCUCAGCUUUUGUUCUGACGGCUGCUCUUUUCUUUUUUUCUUUCUUUUUUUUUUUAUUGUUCUUUGACGUCUAGCUUGUAAAUAUAACGCUCGUCUUUAUGUCCGUUUGUGUCCUCGCUGUAGGAAAAGGGAGACUUUAAAGAUGCCUGAUGAGAUGUCAACCGAACAUUCUCACGUAUUUCCAUAAACUGGAGGAUACCACUUUGACCCUUGUCACCUUUCCGUUUAUUUAAGACGCUAAAACCAAUCCGCGUUGGUCAAAAUAGGCUAAAGAAAUAUCUAUUAGUAUUGCUGUGUUCAUACCAUUCAACAUUACUUUGUAUUGUUUUCAUGGGAGCCAAAAUGGCUGCCGCUUGAGAGAGCUCUUCAAUGGACGCUUUUCAAGGUAACAUCACAUCACUCUGUUCCAUGUACUUGUUUAUGUAAUACAACACGUUAAAAAAAAUCACUAACCAAAAGUAAAGUGAGAGUAAUCAUCUGUUAGUAGCUGAGGUAGUAAAACAUGCUAGUAUGCUAACAAAAGAGAAAGGCAAACGCACUAGUUAGCCUGCUUGCUAACCAAGCUAAAAACCAACAAUACUGCUACUACUACUAAUAUUAAUAAUAAUAACAAUAAUAAUAGAGCUAAUAUUUCUUUCUUUGGGUGAGGUUUAUUGUUCACACACUUAACAAAAAGAGAUUGAUGCUACUCUGAAUAAGAAGUUUUCAAAUUUGUACCACUUGUCCGUAAUAGGUGUAGCCUAACAUGCUAAAGCGAACAAAGCUAUAAGGUUGCUUCAUAGUUGCUGUAUUCAAAGUGGCCGUUUUGCGGGAUUAUGGAGGAAAUACAGUGAAUUUAGUUUAAAUGACUGAACGUUCUGAGUUACUACUGUUGGACUUGUACAAUAGUGGUAAUGGAACUCAACUAACAGCCAAAUUCAACGUAUUUUUGCGUUAUUUCAUCGUAAAACACAAUCAGUAGCUAUUGCGCACCACACAUUUAACGUCUACUUAAUACAAUUUGGAACAUUCUUGUCACCAGGACCUGAGAAACUAUUGUUUCACAGGUUGACAAUGAGUCAAGUUUUACUGAAUCAGGAGUACUUGACAAAGAAUCAAGUUGCACUGGCUCACAGGUUGAGAAAGAAUCAAGUUUAUAUGACUCAUACAUUGACAAAGGCUCAAGUUUCACCGACUUGCGGCCUUACAAAGAUCGGAGUGUUACUGACUCACAAUUACUAGACAAAGACUCGAGUUUCACUGACUCACAGGUUGACAAAGACUCAAGAUUCACUGACUCAUGGAUUGACAAAGACUUAAGUUUUAGUGAUUUACAAAUUGACAAUCAAAUUUCAUUGACUCACGGAUUUACAAAGACUCAAGUUUGAGUACCGAUCGACAAAGACUAAAGUUUCACUGACUCGCAAGUUGACAAUGACUCAAGAUUCACUGACUCACAGGUUGACAAAGACUCAAGAUUCACUGACUCACAGGUUGACAAAGACUCAAGAUUCACUGACUCAUGGACUGACAAAUAAUUAAGUUUUAGUGAUUUACAAACUGACAAUCAAAUUUCAUUGACUCACGGAUUUACAAAGACUCAAGUUUGAGUACCGAUCGACAAAGACUCAAGUUUCACUGACUCACAAGUUGACAAAGACUGGAAUUUCACUGACUCACAGGUUGACAAAGACUCAAGAUUCACUGACUCAUGGAUUGACAAAUAAUUAAGUUUUAGUGAUUUACAAAUUGACAAUCAAAUUUCAUUGACUCACGGAUUUACAACGACUCAAGUUUGAGUACCGAUCGACAAAGACUCAAGUUUCACUGGCUCGCAAGUUGACAAAGACUGGAAUUUCACUGACUCACAGGUUGACAAACACUCAAGAUUCACUGACUCAUGGAUUGACAAAUAAUUAAGUUUUAGUGAUUUACAAAUUGACAAUCAAAUUUCAUUGACUCACGGAUUUACAAAGACUCAAGUUUUAGUACCGAUUGACAGAGACUCAAGGUUCACUGACUCAUGGGUUGACAAGGACUGGAAUUUCACCGAUUGACAAAGACUGACAAGGACUGGAAUUUCACCGAUUGACAAAGACUCAAGUUUCACUAAGUCAUUGUGACUUGACACAGACUCAAGUUUCACUGACUCACGGGUUGACAAAGACUCGAGUUCCAGUGACUCAUGCAUUGAUAAAGACUUCAGUUUCACUGACUCACGGAUUGACAAAGACUCGAGUGUCACUGAGUCACGGGUUGACAAAGACUUGAGUUUCACUGAACCAUAGGUUGACAAUGACUGGAGUUCCAGUGACUCAUGGAUUGAUAAAGACUUUAGUUUCACUGACUCACAGAUUGACAAAGACUUGUUUCACUGAACCAGGGGUUGAUAAAGACUCGACUGUCACUAACUCACGAGCACUCAAAGACUCAAGUUUCACUGACUUCAACUUUCCCACCAAUGCUUGGGAAGAAGUUGUUUUGCGCCACCUGUUUGUUUGCAUGUAAACAAAAAAGUCUUAUAUUUGGGUCAAAACAGUACAACCAUCUAAAGUCAAAUAUGAUUAAUCUCACUUUUUAUUUGCGUUAUUAUCCAUUAGUUUCUGUUAAAUGGCAUUACAUAGGCCAAUUAAUGCCUGCUGAGAGAGUUUUGCGUGGUCCCAAGAACUAUGAAAAAUAGCUCUGAAGCAUUUAAAGGUGGUAAAACUAUGUAUGUGAUUGCUGUCACUUUUUUUUCUUUUACAAUGGCAAAGGACAAUGGCCCGUGAUAGAACAAACGUUGCAUAAAAGGGUCAUUAAUAAACACAAGAUGCAUGUGAGCACUUUAACUAUCAGUGUUUUGUGGUGGUCUCCUGUUUAUUUGUUGUCUUGUGUCCGUCUGAUGUCCCGUUUCCCCCCCGCCCCAGCCUCGAUUUUGUUGGUUUUUGCGUAACAAAAUCGUCAUUGCUUUUUAUCAUGGUCUCAUCGUCAUGAGCGAAGUCGGAUCGCCGUUUGUAUCGGCGCCACAUUCAACUUGAACAGUACAUGAAAACAAAACAGGAAGUGGGUUGGCGGGAACUCCCUUCAGGGCCGGCGUGGUGACUUUUUGUAUAUUUUUGUACAUAAUAUGCCAAGUUUUUAUGUUGCUGAGGCUCGGUCCCAGUAGUGUGUGGCUUCUCUUGUUGUCAUGGAGACAAGUCAUUUCUGCGCCUACUAAAACAAACAAACAAACAAAAAAAAAAAGAUGCUGUUUGUCAUUUUUGGUUUCAUAUUUUCUUUGUGACUACUAUGUCUUGUAUUGUAGGAAAUGCAGAAAACAAGAGUAGCAAAACAAGCAAUAAUUUACAGUUCUAUGAUACCGGUAUGUGUAAUGUCAUGUUCUGUACAUCUUUCUCAGAGAUCUCUGUCUCUAUCUUACAGUAUCUGCUUCUAUUUGUGUAGUAUGAUAGUCCUUUGUUUCACAAAAAAACCGACAUAAAGACUUAUUCUUAAAAGACA